GCGGAUGGGAAGGGGGAGGAGUCUGGAAGCGUGGGCGCACGGCUAUAAAUAUAGCCCGACUUGCUUGUGAUGGCACUCAUAAGUGAACAAGGAUCUGCCAGCACAAGAUUCUAAUCAACAGAGCAAGACGGAUAGAAAAUGAAACGAUAUCAAACGAUUGUGAUGGCCCUGGUCAUUGCGGAGUUGAUGGCGACGGAGGCGGCCGUGCUGGCCGGUGGCAUCCGCAGCAAAGGCAAGGAGCGGGUGAUGCACGAAGGUCCCAAGGUGUUAAUCAAAAGUACGGCCCUCACGUCAAACAUCGUCAGCCGACACAAGAACAGCGACCUUCACGAAAUCUAUCUGGCCCCUUACCGAUACAUCGAAAAAGAAGCUAAAGCAGUGGCGACCUUCAUGGAAGCGGCUUAUUUCAACAACAGCGGCGCCGUUCAGGGCGUCGUCGUCUUGACGCAAGAGGCUCCAGCGAAAGGCGUCACACUGCGGGGUAACGUUCGCGGAUUAACGCCGGGCAAGCACGGCAUCCGCAUUCACGAAUUCGGCGACAUUCGUGAUCACUGCCGAGCUGAUAGGACAGGACAGGUUUACAAUCCUUACAAGGUGAAAAUGCAGGAAUCCAACAUCGAAGUGAAAGAAGAUGGCACGGCUGAUUUCGUAUUGACGGACAAGACCUUGACGCUGGUCGGAGGGCGAUCCAUCAUUGGUCGAUCUAUCGUAAUCGAUCAAGAACCCGAUGACGAUUUUACACGCAAUGGAAGGGCCAGUCGACGGGCGGUUUUGUGCGGUGUCAUCGGUCGUGCAGAUUGAAUAGGAAAUUUAAAAAAAAAACAUAAUCCAAUCGUCCUCCAAAAUUAGAAAGAAAAAAAAAACGAAACAAUUGUUUGCCUUUGAAAAUCUAUUUUUUGUUUUGUUUUGUUUCAAAAGCGUCAAAUGUUUGGGGGCGGGAAAACCAUGCGCGGAAAUAAGAAUCGAUUUAGAAACGCAGCUGCGAACACGUGUUCGACAAGCAAAUUGGGUGCAAACGUGGGAACAAUAAAAGAGGCCUAGCUUUUAAAACAAAUCGCAAAUUUUGAUAAAAGGAAUUUUUUUUCUAUAUUGCCUAACCUCGUGAAUGCCAAUGUAAUGUUAUGAUAAAUACACAACCGAUUGUUGUUUGAA